CCUACAUAGCCAACAAUUGAAAGAUAAACGUUUUGAGACUAUCAAGUUUUUGACCGAUUCAUGUGGUUGAUAUCUUGAGGCACCAAAUUGCAAUGCAGAAGUUACUUUUGUUGUUUUCGAUUCUACUGUGUGCAAUCCAGCAGGUGAAAUCAGAUGCGAACUUGGAUUACUUCAUUAUGAGCGAAGCUUAUCUCCCAGAAUGUCGUGCCAAUGAAGAUGCCAAUACAGGAUUUUCUCCAUUUUAUGUCGCUUGUACUAGAACAAAUAAUGGUUGCGAACCCGCUAUUCCCAUUUUGAACAACGAUGAAGGAUACGUUACCAUUAUUCCGGAUGAAGAGAGACAUCACAUUUAUUACGGAUGUAUAGCAGAUCUGGGAGAAAAUUUAUUCAACUCGGAAUAUUUUAGAAAAGCAUUGGUUUUGCGUAAAGCAAUAAAGCCAGUAACUAUUCGUUCAUCUUUGAGUUUCGAAUAUUGCUUGGAAACUCGUAAGCAAAGAUGUCGAUCGGAAGUAUCUCCUCAAAUAUGGAUAGCCUCCGGUAAGAGCCUGGGAGUAGUGUCGUACAGUAUUGGAUUUAUUAUUGUGGGUUCUAGUGAGGUGACUCUAGCCGAAGUUCAUUUUAGUUGUGACAUAUUUAAAAUUCCUGUUCGAACCAAACAUUUUGUGCAUGGAGUUUCAUUGGCAGUACCCAUAGCACCUGAUCCACUUGAGGAACUUAUAUACGAAGGAAAUUCUGUCUUCUUUAAAAAUUGGGAAUUGGAAGACUGUAUGAUAUCUUAUGAGAGAUUCAAUGAAACCGAUAGCUAUUCGAGGAAAAAAAUUAACGAAUAUCUAAAACUAAAUAAACUGGAUACUAUUCCAGAAAGUGAGAAAAUCGUGAAGGCUCAUUUGAUUCCCGAGUACGAUAUGAUAGAUCCCAGUUGGAAAAAAGUGUCUCGAUUUGCUCAAACCAUCAUACCGAUGUGGGAAGAGUUAUAUUUAGGAAUAUGGGCUGAUGUGGAAGAAAUUAUAAGAGAGGUGGCAUUCAUGAAUCAAAGGAAACUGACUGUUUUUUCUGGAAUCCACGAACAAUUAGCUUUUAAUGCUGAACCGUUUACACGUUUUUUCUACUUGAAUGAACGUAACGUUGCUGUUCCAGAAAUGAUUUGGAAAAUGGUUGUAGAUGAAAACUACAGAGUGAACAACAAAAAAGCUAUUGUAAUUAUAAUUCGCAAUAUUUCUAAAGAAUUGGAAAAUUUGAAUAUUUUUGCCGAAAUCAAACCACCAUCGUGCCAAAAAACAUGCGGCGAUUUUGGAUGGACCAGUAUCGAUAAACCAAAUGUGUAUUGUUGUGAAGUGAACGAAGUUAAAAAUCUUAUAAACGAAUUACCGGACAUUGCUGGUAAACAGAAUUUUGAUAUGUUGUUUAGUAAUUAUACUUACUGAUUUGCUGUAAUCAACAAGACUUAGGUUGUCUUGUAAGUAACUGUCGUCUAUUUUGGUAUGAUUAUUACUCGUACAUACAUAUUAUUAUUGAUAUACAUAAAUGUUCCUCUACCUGCGUCUAAUUGUUGAAAGUAUACUGAAAAAAAAAAUUAAAAUUUCAAUUACA